AUGGAAUGUCGUCAAAGAAAUGAUUGGCCUAAAUGGGAAGAAGCAAUAAAAUCUGAGCUCACUUCUCUAGAAAAGCGGAAAGUAGUUGUGCAAAUUGUUCAAAAUUUAGAUAAUGUAAAGCCCAUUUGGUAUAAAUGGAUAUUUGUCCGUAAGAGAAAUGAGAACAACAAAAUUGUACGAUAUAAACACUUACCACAGGAUUACCUUCACAACGCUAGGUCUCCUGCAAAUACUUACCAACAUAAACAAACUCAAAUUCAGUCAGUAUUUUCAACUAGAGAAGUCAUUAUGGACAAUAAUGUUUUGUCUCCAAAAUUUGUUGGAAGUUUUCCAAAGUCCUGCCAAUUGACUGUCGACGGAUCUCAGAUGAAAGAGAACCAAUUCGCCAGAAACAUGUCUGAAAAUAGUUAUACUGAUAAAGGAAAAUGCAAAGAAAUAAUGAUUGAACAAGUUGGAAGCAAACGAGGUAAAGGAAGCAUUACUGGACAAAAGAAAUUGCUUGGUGACGCCUUCAAGGGAAUUAAUCUUGAUCGAAUGCGUGAUAACGGCGUUCUAACCGACAUAUCCAAUGUAUAUGGAAGUCCGCACUCAUCUUUGGAACAUGUUGCAAAAGAAAAGGAUAAAGAUGACGUUGAGUACUGUCGCAAUGGUGUAUCUACAUCGUGUGAAGAUCAUUUACAAGUUACAAAAUCUUAUUAUGAAUCAAAUAAAAGUUGUACCGUGCGGAAUGGAAAGAAGAUGACUAGGAGUCAUAAAACAAUUGACUCUGUAACACGUAUGUUGGAUAUGACAUCAGUACCCGCUAUGUUGGUAGAUGAGGAUUUACAGACGUUAAGAGACAAUUCUUCCGACAGCGGAGAUUCUGAAUAUGUUUCCAACGAUGAGAAUAGUGACGAUUCAGUUGACGAUACUGAUUAUGAAGAUCUUGGAGACCAGACGUAUGAAUGUCCUUUUUGUGGUUCAAUGAUGUGGUACGGUGAAAGAAUUGACAAGCAUAGACAAACAUCCAGGCCCAAAUUUGGCUUAUGUUGUAUGUCCGGGAAAGUCCAGCUCCCAAAAAUAAGAGAUGCACCUCCUACACUUAAUAAUUUAGUGUUUGGCACUGAUCGGAGGAGCAAACAUUUCCAAGAGAACGUACGAUCGUAUAAUAUGAUGUUUUCUUUCAUGUCGCUUGGUGGAAAAGUGCAGAUAUCUAUUAAUAACGGAUCUGGUCCAUACACAUUUCUGUUACACGGACAUAAUUACCAUAUACUGGGCAGUUUAUUGCCGGAAGAAGGCACUAGGCCUAAGUUGCCCAACUUUACAUUUUCGACACAGAAAAUGAGAUUCAGAAUCGAAUUGAUGCCGUCCGGAAAUCAAUCUAACAAUCUUGACCCAGCCAUCGUUGCAUCGUUGAAAGAUAUGAUUGACGGUAACAAUAUACUUGCACAGCAUUACCGUGUUGUUCGAGAUCGUUUUUCCAAUGAUGGCCAUCAAGGAGUAAAACUCAGAUUGGUAAAGAGUCGCAGUACUGAUGGCAGGACGUACAAUCUUCCUAACGCAAGUGAAAUAACAGGCUUGAUCGUUGGUGACUUUGACACACAAGAGGGUGUUAGGGAUAUUGUAGUUGAGACGCGCUCAAAUAAGCUUCAACGAAUCAGUGAGCUCCAUCCUCUUUACUUGCCUCUACAGUAUCCUAUUUUAUUUCCUUACGGUGAAGAUGGUUAUCGAGACGAUAUCAGUUUGAGAGAAUCUUCAUUUGCUCAUAAUAGAAAACGAAGGGAGUUCUAUGUUGAUGGAUUUUCGAUGGUUGAGUCACAGAGGUUGAAUUUCAUAAGGUUCAAUCAGGAUCAACUUAGGGUUGACAUGUACAAGGGUAUCGAAGAAAAUAUUUUUAAAAGAGACACUGAGGGUAAAUCGGUUGGACAACGCAUAAUAAUUCCAGGAUCGUUCACCGCAGGUCCAAGGUAUAUGUUUAACAACUUCGUUGCUGCUCUUCAAAUAUGUAACUGGAUUGGAUUUCCAAUCCUCUUCAUCACCAUCACAUGCAAUCCCCAAUGGCCAGAAAUACAAAGGGUGUUAAAAGAUACAAAUCUCAGGCCGGAGGAUCGGCCAGACAUUCUGUGUCGUGUGUUCAAAAUGAAGCUCGAUAGUAUGAUGACGGAAAUCAAGAAGGGCCGUAUAUUCGGACGUAUUAGAGCAUAUGUAUGCACAAUAGAAUUUCAGAAACGAGGUCUAUCGCAUGCACAUAUUUUAUUGUGGUUGCAUAAUGACGACAAGCCCAAGAAUCCAGAAGAAAUUGACAGGAUCAUAUGUGCUGAAAUUCCUGACGAAGAAAACGACAGAAAGAUGUACCAGUUGGUGGAGAAGUAUAUGAUACAUGGACCGUGCGGUCAGGCGAAUUUGAAAUCUCCAUGUAUGAAAGAUAGAGUUUGCACGAAGCGAUUUCCAAAGCCGUUUGUGCAGCGCACUGAAUCAGAUGCAGAUGGGUUUACAGUGUAUAGGAGAAGGGAAGAUGGCAGAACAGUUACGAAGAACAAGACUACUCUUGAUAAUGGGUUUGUGGUCCCCUACAAUCGUAUAUUGUUGAGUAAAUACCGAGCUCACAUUAAUAUCGAGCUAUGCAACCAAAACAAGUCAAUUAAAUACCUGUUCAAAUACGUAAACAAGGGGCAUGGCCGAGUCACAGCGGCAUUUUAUGAGACACGCAAUACAGAUGGCGGUGCUGAGAUUCGUGAUGAGAUAAAGAUGUACUACGACUGUAGAUAUCUUUCGGCGUGUGAGGCAAUGUGGAGGUUGUUUAACUUUGAUAUUCAUUACAGAGACCCGUCUGUAAUUAGGCUAAGCUUUCAUCUCCCCGAUCAUCAGCUAAUUGUCUUCAAUGAAAACCAGUCGUUACAAAGUGUGUUGGAUAGGCCAUCUGCCAAGCAAACUAUGUUCCUGGCGUGGUUUGAGGCCAACAAGAACUAUCCACAUGCAAGGGACUUGAGGUACGGAGAUUUUCCACAAAAAAUUGUGUAUAAAGAGGAUUCUCGAACUUGGGUGCCAAGGAAAAAAGGAUUUUCUAUCGGUAGAAUUGCGAAUGUUCCCCUUGGAAAGGGGGAAGACUAUUACCUUAGGUUGCUACUUAACAUUCAAAGGGGAUGCACGUGCUACGAGGACAUCAGAAAAGUUUUUGACAUCGUCUACCCUACGUUCAGGGAUGCAUGUUAUGUGUUGGGUUUGCUAGAUGACUACAAAGAAUACAUAGAUGCAAUAAAAGAAGUGAAUACUUGGGCAUCGGGGGAUUAUAUAAGAAGGUUAUUUGCGGUUAUGCUGCUUUCCAAUAGCUUAAGUCGGCCCGAACAUGUUUGGCAAAGUUGUUGGUUGGAUUUGGCUGAUGGUAUUGCUUACAAACAACGUCUUCAUAAAAAUCCAGAUGAACUGGAUUACGACCGGUUUGAAAUGGGUAGAGAACUUCAACAGUGUCUUGCUUCCAUUACAGAUGAGCAAAGAAAGAUUUAUGAUGUAGUCAUGGAUGCAGUAACCAAUGACAGUGGUGGAAUGUUCUUUCUAUAUGGCCAUGGUGGAACGGGAAAGACGUUUCUAUGGAAAACUCUUUCGGCUGCAGUUCGUUCGAAUGGAGAGAUUGUAAUUAACGUUGCAUCGAGUGGUCGUUAUUGCUCCCCGGUGGAAGAACAACUCAUUCUCGAUUCGGACUACCCAUAA